AUGGUCCUCAUCCUAUCACUCAUCGUAGCUCUCGUUGGUGCGGAAAGUGCCUCACGCCCCCCACGUGGACUUUCUAAGACUGGCAAAGUCCUGUGUCCCAGCGGUACUGGUAAACAGGAGUAUGGAUAUAUAAAAGUCAGUCCACUCCAAAGGUUCUUCUACACUUCCAUACAGGCCGAUGGGAACCCUACGACGGCACCCACUUUCUUAUUCAUUAACGGUGGCCCCGGUGCAAGCAGCAUAUCACCCGCGCUGCAGAUGAAUGGGCCAUGCCUUAUGUCUCCGACUUCCAAACACCUGGUUACGAACACGUUCUCCUGGACGGGAGAAACUAAUGGUAUCUAUGUCGAUGCGCCGGUACCUGCGGGGUUCAGCAUAGGACCUGUGGAGCGCGGAUGGGAUAAUUUGAUGCAGAACUUGGAGGAUUUCGUCAACGAAUUCUUCAAACAGCAUCAAAAUCUCAACCGCAACGUUCAUCUGAUUGGCCCCUCGGCAUCGGGUGAGGUCACCUAG